AUUUCAAUAUGGCAGGAAAGAAAAAAGUAAGCAAAGAUGAUUUGCGCCGUUUGAUGAAGGAAUCAAGGUCGAGCACUGCGAAAAACCAGCGAAUAGAUUCUCCACUAGCUAAAUACAAUGCACUUGGACAGUUGGUGUGUAUUGUCUGCAAUAUACACCUGAAGUCAGAGAAACUAUGGAAUGCACACUUGAUGGGCAGAUCUCACAAGGAGAAACAUGCUGCUUUGAAAGCAAAACAAGAGGCAAUCAACAGAGGAGGUGUGGUUCCAUCUAUGGCCCCACCAACAAAAGCUGCCAAAAGAAAACUUGAACAACAGACAAACAAUAUACCAGAGAAAAAGCCUAAAGGUAUUUUGGUUAACAAAAGCACUCUAGGCUUGGGGGAUUAUUCAUCAUCAGAUGAGAGUGAUGAAGAGACUGCCGUAAUGGGAGGUCAGCCUGUUGGGGACUCCAACAAUAUGCCAACUACAGAAAACACCCCUUCUCUACCUGCAGAUUUCUUUGAUAAUGGAACUGGAAAGUCAAAUGAUGUUAAAAAUGAAGAUACUGAAGAUGUUGAGGUUAAACCAACUACAAUGGCUGAAAAGUUGCCUGAAGGAUUCUUUGACAAUCCAGAAAAGGAUGCCAAGGUCAGAGAGGUGGUAUAUAAAGAUAAAAUGGAGGAAGAAUGGGAACUUUUCCAGAAAUCUGUCAAAGAAGAAACAAAGGUUUCAGAGGCAAUUAUAGACGAAGAUGACGAGCAAGCCAAUGCUGUACGUAAUUUGAUGGAAGCUGAUGAACAACUGCAUCAAUGGUCAAAAAUCAACAGCUUAGCUAAAGAAAAGGAUAAAAUUAUGGAGACUGGAGUGGCCAAACAAGGCAAAACUGAGUCCAAUUCAGACAGUGAUAUUGAUAUAGAUGAAUAUGAAGAAUUUCUGGACUGGAGAAUAAAAGGGACAUAGAGCAUAAAGUCAUUGUUUUUGUAUAUUUUUU